GUGUGCUACUGAUAUAUAUGUAAAAUUGAUGGACGUUAUACGAUUGACGCAUAGCUGUAUUUAUUUUGAUAAUGGAUUCCGUUGAUCUGAACAAAAGUAUUGAGGAGACCGUUCGCUUGGUCCUCAGCAAAGAGGAGCUGGAAAGGCAGGCGCGCAUGAUCCAUGAGGUGAAGAGCAUUCCCAAGUCGGAAUCGUGGAGCUUUGAGAGUGUGGGUGGCUACUUUAUGCCCACAGAGGACAUUGCCAAAAUGCCACUGGCUCGGCAGGAGCAGAUGCUGGUGCGCAACCUCAUCUACGCCUUCUCGGGCGUACCCUCAUCUCACAUCAAGCCGGACGCGAACAUCGAUCAGAUCGCAACGAUGCAACAAUUGGAUAUAGCCAAUGUACGCUUUAAGAUCGAUGAGGGAUUCAACUCAGCCUUUCGAGCCCUGGCCAACGACUCGCUGCCCCUGAUCGGCCACUUCAUCAGUGUGCAGAGCUUCGUUGAGACCACCAACAUGACGCCGAGGAGCGGACGCACUAGGCUGGCCCUGGCCGCCGCCUUGGGUGACAAACUGCAGCAGUACUACGACUUGCAGUCGAAGAUGGAGACGGAGAUGCAGGAGCGGAAGCUCUCUCUGAAGGAUCUGGUGCGGCAAGUGCGUCCCUGGAUCACCAUCCUGAAGGUGUUCUGCUCGAUGGGCCUCAGUGCUCGCGGCAAGAAGACCAGCGCCCAGAUUCUCACCCAUUUGGAUGAGAUCUAUCAGCAGCUGAAGCCCAGCGAUCUGGAGCUGAAGGAGCUCGUGGAUCAGGUCCUGGACACCGUCAGCAGCGUCUACAUGAAGAUCGUGCAACUGUGGACACAGAAGGGCAUCAUCUACGACAUGCAGCACGAGUUCUUUGUCGAGGAUUCGGAGCGUUCCAAUUCCAUGAGCAGCACCCUCCUGGCCCCGGAGCAGUGCUGCCACGCCUACUGGGAAAAUCGCUACACCCUACUGCCGGAGCGCCUGCCCGAUUUCCUGCACCCCCUGGCAGCGGAGAUCUUCCAUGCCGGCAAGUACCUCAAUAUCCUGCGGCAGUGCAACGUGAAGCUGACGCUGAUGCAGACUCCACUCAAGUACAGUCCCAAGGAGCAGGCCCACGUGGAGAUCAUUCGGAGCAGCUACGCGCUGCCUGGCGAGAAACUGCUGGAGGUGCUGAAAACGGAGCACCACCUGGAGAAGCAUCUGGCCAAUCUGCACGACUACUUUCUGCUGCAGCAGGAGGAAUUUGCGGAGGCCCUGCUGGCCAACUGCCAGGAGCAUUGGCAUAGCAAUGUGGACCGCAUGAUACCGGAGAUGCUGCAGAGCCUGCUCACGGAGACGUUGCUGACUAUCCAGGAUGAUCCCUUCAAGGAGCUGCUGCGCUGCCAGCUCAAGGAUUGCGAUGUGGCCACCCAGCUGCAGAAGCUGAUGACUCACGAGCACGGAGAGGAUGACAAGAACGAGGGGAGCACCACCAGCGAGGAUGAUGGAGAGCCCUUGGAGGAGCUAAGUCUCUCCGGCUACGAGGCCUUUGCCCUGCGCUACGACGCGAAGUGGCCGCUCAGCCUCGUCCUUCAUUCGGAGCCGUUGCAGAAGAUACAGCUGCUGCAGCGCGUCCUCUUGUUUCUGCGCUACGUGCAACGCCAGCUGUCAGCGCUGUGGCAAGCCCCGUCCGAGGGCAAUACCUUCAUCUCGCAGAACAUUCGCACUGCUGCGCUGCGCCAACGCAUGCUGGGCAGCAUGAUUAACCUGGAGCAGCACAUCACCCAGGACAUCGCGGAGCCGCGCUGGCAGAUGAUCAGCCUGGUGGCGGACAAGGGCCAGCACAUCGACGAGCUGAUCGAGCGGCUCGCCAUCAGCCUGGAGGAGUGCCUGCGCCUGGGCCUCCUCUCGGGGGCCAUUGCCUUUGUGCGCUCCCUCUUCACGCUCGGCCAGGUGUGCCUGAACUUCUGCGGCUUCGCGGAGACUCCGCUCUGUGACGAGAAGGCCUUCGAUGAGGGCGUGGGCGAGUACGAGUCGGAGUUUGGCAACUUCCUGCAGAGCAUCCUGGAUCUGGUGCGGGAACUGGCCAGCUCCACCAGCAGCACCAAAGUGGAUGAGCGUGAGUCCUGCCAGCAGUUGCUGCUACGCCUGGAAGCCUACAAAUAGCAUUUUUGUUUCUAGUUUUAAAUUUGGUUUACGUUUCGUUUAAUGCUUUUUUUUUUGUGCCACAGAAUCAGCGUAGCAUGGUACACCUGGUAUCAUGCCACCACGCCAAUGAUCUAUGUAUUUGUUACCCACACCAUUGCCAAAUUAGCCGUGCAAACAAAUUUGUAAUGUGCGCCCAAACCCAAAGCCAACACAAAUUCAGGGACCCUGUGGCUGGGUUUACACUAAGUUUUCUCAAUGUUUCGGCCAUAUUGAUCUCACUUUUGGUUACUCAGAAGAAACUUUGGCACUGCUUAGACUACCAAUAAUUUCAAUAAAUGCUUGGAACCGACUUUGAGUCCGUCCUUAAAAGUGUGAUUAAUACCAAAAGUAUCUGCAAAGAUCCGUCAAGUCUGACAUAUAUAAUUAUGCGCCAAUUAAUGUAUGGAAUGGACCAGUUUUAAUAU